AGAGGAAAAAAAAACUGCAAAUUUGAGAUGCAGAUCCGUCGUUUUAGAAAAAUUGGUGAAACAUAGGAUAGGAGGAUAAAACCUUUAGGCUUUAGCUUUAUAAAGGGGAGAGCCAGCUUUAGAACGGGGGGCCGAUACAGGUCUUUGGAUCCCUCCCUAGCAAUAGGCAAUUCAACAACAAAAACAAGCUCAAGAAAGCCACAAAUUUUCUCUAGUAGGAGUAGGCACCUCUCGUGGUUGUGUACCCAUCAAACAACCCCCCACAUCGCAACCUAUACACCCAACAGCACCUGAAACAAAAAAGAAAAAAAAACUGGUAGCUUGUGAGUUGUGACAUCUCUAAUCUCUUAUUAGCUAGCGCUAGUGACAGGAGGAUAUCAUAAAACCACCAAUUUCACUGACCAACGUUCAUGGACAAAGGAGAUCUUCGUCCCAAAGUUCUUUCUAUUUCCCCUCUUUAAAGUGGAGUUUAGUGGAGCCUAAUCUCAUACAAGUUAGACAUUUGAUGGCAUUUGAGAUAUUAGCGUGGAGUUAUGGAAGUGCUUUCAUGCUCAGAUGUCCAGUAUGUUGGAGAAUCUAAUUGCCCUAAACGGAGUGCAGUAACAACUUUUAUAUAUGGUGGAGAAUUGAACUGCCUUGAACAGGGAAAACAAGCUCAAGUAUUUGUCUGUAUGCAUAACACGGGUGACCUUGUACCCAGUGCAGAGGGGUCUCAAAAAGAUAGAUCAAAUGGAGAUCAAGGGAGAGGAGAUGGACCACCUGCUUCAGAGGGUGCUUGUAAUGGAAUUUUGGAUUAUGAACACAAGGAAGACGGGCAAGAACUUAGUAACUUCCAUGGUUUUCAACGGGAAUUGAAUGAACAAAAGGAAAGCACAGAAUCUUGCCUAGCUUCUGAAAAGCCACGUGUCGUUAUGGAUAAGAUUGAAGGUGCCCCACCUAGCAGCACCCAGGAGGGAGAAUCUCAUCUUCCAAAAGCUGGGUGUCCAGAAGAAGAUGAAACUGUGCCUUUAUGGGUGAAGUGGAGAGGGAAGUGGCAAGCAGGUUUCCAAUGUGCAAGAGCUGAUUGUCCAUUAUCAACAUUGAAAGCAAAGCCUACUCAUGAUAGAAAGAAAUAUUUUGUGGUAUUUUUCCCCCGCACUAGGAACCAUUCCUGGGCAGACAUGCAACUUGUCCGUUCAAUCCAUGAGUUCCCCGAGCCCAUUGCUCAUAGAACACAUUACGCUGGUGUGAAAAUGGUCAAAGACUUGACCAUUCCACGCCGUUUCAUCAUGCAAAAGCUUGCUGUCUCCAUGCUGAAUAUAAGCGAACAGCUACAUAGUGAGGCUGUGGUAGAGAGUGCUCGCAAAGUGACAGCCUGGAAAGAAUUUGCCAUUGAGGCCUCUCGUUGCAAAGGUUAUUCUGAUCUUGGAAGGAUGCUUUUGAAGCUUCAGAGUAUGAUAUUGCAGCGUUUCAUAAGCCCUGAUUGGCUACAACAUUCUUUUGACUCUUGGGCACAGCAAUGUCAGAAUGCGCAAAGUGCUGAAUCAGUUGAAUUGCUGAAAGAGGAACUAAUUAAUUCCAUCUUGUGGAAUGAGGUUGGAGCACUCUGGAAUGCACCUGUGCAGCCUCAGUUGAACUCUGAGUGGAAGACUUGGAAGCAGGAGGUCAUGAAGUGGUUUUCAAUGUCACAUCCAUUAGCAAGUGGCAGAGAGACAGGGCAGCAAAGCAGUGAUGAUUCUACUGUAGCAGAUGUCCAUAUUAGCAGGAAAAGGCCUAAGCUAGAAGUUCGUCGUGCAGACAUGUAUGUUCCCCAAGUGCAAUCCCAGGAACCUCAUGGGGUUCCCCCUCAGGAUAACACUGUUGAGAUUGAGACAGAAUUUUUCAAUAGACAGGGUGUUGGAAAUGCCACUGCAUUGGUAUCUGAGCCUUGUAAAACAUUUGCUGAGACACAUGUCCCAUCAGAAUAUUCCAAUGGUGUGGCCAGCAGAUGGGAAGAAAUUGUAGUUGAACCUGAUAAUCCUAAGCUCAUGCAAACCACAGAAACAGAAGAGAUGCAUGUGGAUGGAGUUGGUAAAAAACCACUGGAUCCUGGGAAUAAGUACCGCCAAUGCAUGGCUUUUAUUGAAGCCAAGCAGAGGCAAUGUGGGAGGUGGGCAAAUGAUGGUGAUGUUUACUGUUGUGUGCAUUUGGCUGUCCGUUCACUGGGUAAAGUUGAGCAAGCAGAACAAGGCACCCCUGUUAACACACCUAUGUGUGAAGGCACCACCACUCAUGGCACAAGAUGUAAGCAUCGGUCCCAAUAUGGUUCCCCAUUUUGCAAGAAACACAGACUUAACAACAGUCAGUCUCUGAUGGAUGCUGAAAAUUCAUCAAGUUUAUCAGUGAAUAAGAGAAUGGACAUAGAGAAGAUUUCUAGUUCAGAAACUACAUAUUGCAAAGAAAUAACAUUAGCAGCAGAAAUGCAAAAUCCGGUUGGAGAGCAAACAGUCUUACUUGUGGAGCAAAGAACCUUGGAUGCAAAUAAGAAUUCAAUUGGGAAAUGUGAUCAUUCCAUUAAAGACGAUGAUAGUGGAGAUUUGCAACUUUGCAUUGGAUCUAGCCACCAGAACAACAGUGAUUCUUGUCCAGACAAUGCAAGGCUGCAUACACUGUACUGUGAAAAACAUCUUCCAAGCUGGCUCAAACGUGCAAGGAAUGGUAAGAGUCGGAUAAUAUCAAAAGAAGUGUUUAUUGAACUUCUACGAGGUUGCAGCUCUCGGACGCAAAAGUUGCAUUUACAUCGAGCGUGUGAGCUACUUUACAACUUCGUUAAAAGUGUCCUAUCCCUCCGAAACCCGGUUCCUAGGGGGACUCAACUUCAGUGGAUCUUAUCUGAAGCUUCUAAAGAUUUAUGUGUUGGGGAAUACCUUAUGAAAUUAGUUUCCUAUGAAAAAGAGAAAUUGAAGAGGCUUUGGGGCUUAGAUGAUGAUAAAAAUAAACCAGUUUUCUCUACUGGUACAGAGCAGGCUGUGCUAAUGUCUGUGGGCCAGGAGAGCAGUCAAGAUGUUCACAAGACUGUUAAAUGCAAGAUUUGCACAGAGCAAUUUUUUGAUGAUGAAGGGCUUGGUAACCAUUGGAUGGAUGUUCACAAAAAAGAAGCACAAUGGCUGUUCAGAGGGUAUGCAUGUGCAAUCUGCAUGAAUUCAUUCACUAAUAAGAAAGUCCUUGAGACCCAUGUGACAGAGAGACAUGGAGUCCAAUUCCUUGAACAAUGUAUCCUUUUUCAAUGUAUACCUUGUGCUAGCCAUUUUGUUAAUCCUGAACAGUUAUGGUUGCAUGUCCUCUCAGUUCAUUCCAUGGAUUUCAAGCUUUCAGGCAGUCCUCAACAGCAUGUGCUCUCAACAAGCCAAGCUUCUCCACCAAAACUUGGGGUGGAAAAUAAAGAUGCAGUGGAGGAUAAGUCCACCAGCCAAGGUGAGUUACGGAAGUUCAUCUGUCGGUUUUGUGGAUUGAAGUUUGAUCUCCUGCCUGAUCUUGGUCGCCAUCAUCAAGCAGCUCAUAUGGAUCCUAAUGCAAUAAACCAACGCCCCCCUAAGAGAGGGAUUCACAUCAAUGCUUAUAGGCUAAAAUCAGGUAGACUAAGCCGUCCUAGUUUUAAUAAAAGCCUUGGAGCUGCAUCGUUUAGGAUCAAGAAUAGGGGUAAUUUAAGUAUGAAGAAACGCAUCCAGUCCUCAAGUUCAGUGAGCACUGGGCAAAUAAAAGUGCAAACUCAGGUAAAGGAGACCACAGGGUUUGGUAGUUUGGAAGAACAUCAAUGCUCAAAUCUUGCAAAAAUCUUGUUUUCUGAAUCUCAGAAAACAAAACUCCGACCAAAUAACCUUGAGAUUCUUUCUAUUGCUCGCUCCAGUUGCUGCAGGAAAACUCUGGAGACUACACUGGCAGAUAAGUAUGGAGUAUUGCCUGAGCGUUUUUACCUGAAAGCAGCUAAACUAUGCAGUGAGCUCAAUAUUGAAAUUAAAUGGCACCAAGAAGGUUUUAUCUGUCCUAAAGGAUGUAGACCAUUCAUGGCCUCUAAUCAUCCCCACUUGAUGCCUCUUCCAAGUGGCUUGGUGGAAUCCAUAUCUUCACAAGUUAAAAUGAGCAGUGAGGGGUGGGAAAUGGAUGAAUGUCACCAUGUAAUCGAUUGCAGUCAUAUCAAAUCAAUCCCCAUGAGGAAAGAAAUAGUUUUAUGUGAAGAUGUAAGCUUUGGGCGGGAGUCAGUUCCAGUGGCAUGUGUGGUCGAUGAAAAUCUCAUGGGUUCCCUUCCCAAUACUGAAGAACAAAAGUCUAGUGGCCGAAUUGAGGAAUACUCCAUGCCUUGGGAGGGCUUUGUCUAUGUGACAGAGCGGUUGAUUCAUCCAUCCCUUGGGCUUGAUACAGAGAGUAAGCAAUUGGGCUGUGUUUGCCCAGGUUCGAUGUGUUAUCCUGAAAAGUGUGACCAUGUAUAUCUCUUCGAUAAUGAUUAUGAAAAUGCAAAGGACAUCUUUGGCAAGCCAAUGUAUGGAAGGUUUCCAUAUGAUGAACAUGGCCAGAUCAUCUUGGAGGAGGGCUAUCUGGUCUAUGAGUGCAAUUCAAUGUGCAGCUGUGACAAAACUUGCGGGAAUAGGGUUUUGCAGAAUGGCGUGCGAGUCAAACUAGAAGUCUUCAAAACAGAGAAUAAGGGUUGGGCAGUCAGAGCUGGUGAAGCAAUCUCACGCGGGACAUUUGUGUGUGAAUACAUUGGGGAGGUUUUAACCGAUCAGGAGGCAAAGAGGAGGAGCGAGAGGUAUGGUUAUGAAGGCUGUAGCUAUUUGUAUAGCAUCGACCCCCAUAUCAAUGAUAUCAAUGGAUUGACUGAAGGAGCUGUUCCAUGUGUUAUUGAUGCUACAACACUUGGGAAUGUUUCACGGUUUAUCAACCACAGUUGCUCGCCCAACCUUGUCAGUUACCUGGUUCUGGUGGAGAGCAUGGAUUGCCAGCUUGCACACAUUGGUCUCUAUGCCAGUAGAAAUAUUGACGUGGGUGAAGAACUGGGGUUUGACUACCGCUACAAGUUUCCUGGACAAGGACAACCUUGCCAUUGUGGCACUCCCAACUGCCGGGGCCGCCUAUGUUAAUUUUAUAAUGGAACUUCAUGAUACCCCCCAAUCCAGAACAGGUGUCUGGAAUUCUUGGUGGAGCAUAGAACACCAACCCGAUUUGAAAAUCCUGGGAGAGAAGAAUAAUCACCUCUUCCUUCCCCUAAGCCGGACACAGGAAAAACUUGAUUUGCAGUAGAUCCACUACCACGAUUGUAUCAUUAGAAUCAUGUCAAACAAGCUUUUAAUUCAUGUUUAAGACAGUAAUAAAAUUAUUAUUCUUUCCCCACAGAGAUGGCCUAGAAGCUUGCUAAAUCUUGGAUAUUCUUGUGUACAUUAAAAAUCUUUUCAAUAUAAAAAGAUUCCAUGAGGUGUUGAUUUGUUUUCUUA